AUAUCGAGUAAAAUGUGAAACAAGGUUGGCAAAAAUAUCUGUAUCUGUGUCUCAAGUCAGUCGAAAAAAGCCGUUGAAUGAGUCAGAUGCGGGUCGGAUGUUUUUGCAGGCUAUUGUAAAAACUCACUCACGACUACGAUCGCUCGAAUGAAAAGUUCCUAUAAUAUUUAAGUCUAAAGCAUACAAUAGUACAAAAUCAUCAUUGCUUAGUAAUAGUAAGCAAAUCAAUGCCCACGGAAAAAUAAAAAAAUCAUAAUUAAAAUUUACAAUUGUAAAAAGGACCAACUUAUCAAGCAGCUGACUUCGGAAUCGACGGCUACUAAAAACUUCAGCUCUAAUAAUGGUAAUGACGACGGCUCUCCAAUGUCCAAAUCUGAUGUGGAAACUUUUGAAGGCAAAAUAGUUUACAAUCUCGAUGGCAGUGCUUAUAUUAUUGACGCAGACCAUGCAAAUGGAAGUGGAUUGGAGUAUAUUCAAAAUGUUGAAGCCUCAACUUCGAUUUCAGUAACAAAACUUUCCAUAAGCGGCCAGGAAAAAAAAAAAGGAUACCAGAAUAUUCAGUCAUAUAAACAGACUAAAGAUGAGCCUGAUCAAAUUGACGAAGUUUCUGAUCUUGGUAGAAAAUUACUAGCAGGAUCCGGCGGUACCUAUAGAUCCAGCCCAAAAAUACAUUCCUUCCGGGUUGUGUCUGCGCAAGAUGCAAACUCUAAUUGUCCAAGACAAGCAUUCAAAAUCGAAAAACCCAUUUUAAUGUGCUUUAUUUGCAAAUUGUCUUUUGGUAACGUUAAAACUUUUGGCUUGCAUGCAAACACAGAUCACAGGCUUAAUUUGAAGGAGCUAGAGCAGCAGCUGCUUAAUCGAGAGUACUCCAGUGCCAUUAUACAACGUAACAUGGAUGAAAAGCCACAGAUAUCUUUUUUGCAGCCUCUGGAUAUUAGUUCCAGUGAUGAAACCGAAAAACUGCAGUUAUCCAGAGAAGAUAGAAAAGGUCUCCUGUCGGUGUCACCACAAUCAGAGUUUCCAAAUGAUUCGGAGCCAGAAAAGAAAGAAACACAGACUAAUGAAAAAGACAAUGAAUGCAGGUCUGAAAUGUACUCAAACAUGGAUCAAUUGCAUGAAUCAGAUCUUCAGCCAAAACUUGACGGUAGUAGUGGAUGUAUGGUCGCACCUAGUGCAAAGAUACCAAUAUCAUCACCUAAAGUAGGAGUAAAAACAUCUGCAAAACUUGGUUCCUUAAAUUCAGAAACAGCUAAGACUAACCUAUUGAUAGUAUCCUUAACAAACUCACCUGCACCCUCAUUAAUAUCAGCCACCGGAGAGGUCUCAUUACACAGUACUGAUAAUAUAAGUAAUAAUAAGUCACCCAAAUAUACCCAUGAAAUGGAGCUAUCAUCACCGGCAGGACUUGAAAUAAAAUGCCCACUGUUCGGAGGAUCUAUAAGUCCAUCAUCUCAUCUAAAUGAGUUAGAUGCCACCAGCUCUGAAUUUUUACAACAGUCAAUAGGAACACCAACAUCUACCACGUUUCCUUCUCAAAUCAGUUCAUUUCACUCUUCCUUGGCAGCUUUGGCUGCUAAAGAGUCUAAUGGAAACCGAGUAAAACUAUUAACAGAAUUUAUCCAGCAACAGGUGCAACACCAGAAACAAUCUUUAUUAUUUACUAGCAUAUGUCCCGAUCAUCCGGAUACAAAGGGCAUCGAUUGUAAAAGCUGCGAACUUCUGGAAGUUAACCAGUUUUCCAUUUCAUCACCAUCCUCCCAUCAGCAUAUAGCUCAAUCUUUGCCUCAACAUCAGGUCCAAAUUCAGACACCACAAAUUCCCAACCGUUCUCCUGGCAGCAACAGUGGUGGUCUACCUAAUUCUCCCAGUACUUCAUCGGCAAAUAGUGUGGGAAAUGCGUCAAACACUACAUCCUGCUUUACGAUCGGUGCUUGCUCCGAACACAUAAAUGGUCGGCCCCAAGGAGUAGACUGCGCUCGCUGCGAAAUGCUCCUUAAUUCAGCUCGCUUAAAUAGCAGCGUUCAAAUGUCUACGCGUAAUUCAUGCAAGACUCUUAAAUGCCCUCAGUGUAAUUGGCACUACAAAUAUCAGGAGACACUAGAGAUUCAUAUGAGAGAAAAACAUCCCGACGGGGAGAGCGCUUGCGGAUAUUGUCUAGCAGGACAGCAGCAUCCCCGACUUGCACGUGGGGAGUCGUAUUCUUGUGGCUAUAAGCCGUACCGAUGUGAAAUUUGCAACUACUCGACGACCACCAAAGGAAAUUUAUCUAUACAUAUGCAGUCGGACAAGCAUUUAAACAAUAUGCAGGAACUUAACAGUUCGCAAAAUAUGGUGGCUGCUGCCGCUGCGGCAUCUGCGACAGGAAAAUUUAUGCUAACUAGCACAACGUCUCAAUCAACUGGUACUGUUACUUCUAGUACCAGCGGGUCGGGUAGCGCUAGCACACAUUGUGGCUCAAUUUCGAGUGGAGCUAGCAGCAACAUAGGAAGCACCGUUUCCAUUAAUCCCAAUGUAGCUGGACCAGGAUUAAUAAAUCCUGGUGUUAAUGUAGGAAGCAGUGUCAAUUCCAAGCCAAAACCAUCAUUUCGUUGCGAUAUUUGCAGCUAUGAAACAUCUGUUGCCCGUAAUUUGCGCAUACAUAUGACUAGUGAAAAACAUACGCACAACAUGGCAGUUCUUCAAAAUAACAUUAAACAUAUUCAAGCAUUGAACUUUUUGCAACAACAAAAUACCAGUGGUAAUACUUCAGGCUCGAAUUCGGGAAAUAGCUUCUUGCCUGAGGUUGCAUUAGCUGAUUUGGCAUAUAAUCAAGCACUAAUGAUUCAGCUUUUACAUCAACAACAGAACCAGCAGACUUCCAACCCAAAACCAUCCCCUGGAUCCUCUCCAGUUAGUACACCAGAACCAUUUUCUUUUUCACCGAAGUUAAUAAAAAUGGGCUUGGGUUUUGGUACUGCAAUGAAUAUGGGCCUUGGAAUACCAAUUGGGACCAACCACGCAAAUGAAGUAGCCAUUGAUUCGACGAGUGAUUUUAAUUCGUUGACAAAACCUGAGAUGUGGCCUUCCGCAUACUAUAGUUGUUUAAUAUGCGAAUGUUUCAGUACCAAUAACUUGGAAGAUCUAAAUCAGCAUUUGUUGGUAGAUAGAACUCGUCAUUCUUCUAGCGCAUCUUCUGAUAUAAUGGUUAUCCACAACAACAACUAUAUCUGUCGUCUGUGUAAUUAUAAAACAAAUCUCAAGGCCAAUUUCCAACUUCACAGUAAGACAGAUAAGCAUUUGCAAAAGCUUAACUUUAUUAACCAUAUAAGGGAAGGCGGACCUAGGAAUGAAAUAAAACUUCAGUAUCAGCAACAUGUAGCAAAUGUGGUCCAAAUUAAAUGCAACUGCUGUGAUUUCCACACAAAUUCCAUUCAGAAACUAUCUCUUCAUACCCAACAGAUGCGCCAUGAAACGAUGCGAAUGAUAUUCCAGCAUCUUCUUUAUGUAGCCCAACAGAGUCAAAUGCUUAAAGAUUCUUUUGAGCCUGGAGCAGAUGUUCGACAAUGUCCCAGUCCGAAUGAAGAUCAUCCGCCUCUGCAAGAAACUGAGAAACUUCUUCUCUGUCAGCUCUGCAAUUUUUCAGCUAAGAAUCUCCAUGCGAUGAUACAGCAUGUUAAGGGGAUAAGGCAUAUGCAAGUAGAACAGUUCAUGUGCUUUCAACGACGUAGUGAAAACCAAGAGAUACCUGGAUUAAGCGAAGUAUUCAAAGUGACCGAAUGGACUCGUAAUACUGAAGAUAAUAAUUUUGAAGCUGGAUUAGACUUGGCUAGAACCGCAACUAACGAAUCAAUAGUAGCGGUCAGUCCCGUGGCAUCAGGAUCUGCAACAACGCCAACCACCACUGCAGAUGGAAGCUUCUUCGGUCCGCCAUCACCUUCUAUAUCAGAUGAUAAAGGAAAGUCUCAAAAUGCUAACAUUUAUGGAAUAGAUUCAUCUGUGAGCGUUCCUACCACAGUAUUCAAAUGUAAUAUAUGCGAAUAUUUCGUACAAUCAAAAACAGACAUGGCAGCACACAUUGAAACUUUGCACCCCAGUGCAGACAAUGAUGAUUUUAUAAGUAUACCAACAAACACAGCUGCACUUCAAGCUUUCCAAACUGCUGUAGCCGCAGCUGCUAUAGCAGUUGUUCAGCAACAAUGCAACUCAAUUAACCAAGGUCCUUUAGUGUCGGACCAGGAAAUUAAUAGGAAUAAAUGUCCUGAGCGAUUUGAAGAGGAUGAUGAUAAAAUAUCUAACAUCGAGAAUAAUAAGACUUUAGAUAAUUUUACCGCACAAACGAUACCAUCCGCAGCUGAAAAUUUAUCACCUCAACCGAAUACGCUAUACGCGGCUCAAUGUCCGCUUUGUUUGGAGAACCGUUUUUGCGAAAAAACGUCCCUAGAAAGCCAUUUGACGAAUAUUCACAGCGUUACCAAAGAUGGUCUUUCUCGGCUUCUACUCCUAGUAGACCAAACUGCAUGGCCAAAGUCAAGUGAGACAGUACCAGCCGGUGCUAGGAGCCUUACCGGAAUGACGACCUCAGACAACACCAAUGUUUUAGAAAAUAUAAAAAUCAAUUCUGAAACCAUAAUUAGUAAGCCGACCGGAAUUAAAUGUCUUUCAUGUCAGCAUUGCGAAGCCAACUUUAAGCACGAAGAACAGUUGCUUCAGCAUGCUCAACAGAAUCAGCAUUUUUCUUUACAAAAUGGAGAGUACUCUUGCCUUGCGGCGAACCACAUCAGCCGACCUUGCCAAAUGAGGUUUAGAAUUCUUUCGUCUAUGAUAAGCCAUUAUCAAGACUCCCAUAUAAGCUUAGUAAUCUCAGAACGGCACGUUUAUAAAUAUCGUUGCAAACAAUGUUCGCUAGCUUUCAAAACUCAGGAAAAGCUUACUGGUCACAUGCUAUAUCAUACAAUGCGAGAUGCUACAAAGUGUUCAGUUUGUCAAAGGAGCUUUCGUAGUACACAGGCGUUGCAGAAGCACAUGGAACAAGCUCACUCCGUGGAUGUCAUUGCUAGAAGUCCUCGUCCCCUGACACCUAACACAGACGAAAUAGACAAACAUUCUUCAGGAGAGGCCAUUAAUAUUGAAAAAGAAUGUAAGUCUGCUGAUAUCGCGGGACCUUCUCUUUCUCCGCUGCAGUCAGAGUCACAAAUUAGUAAGGAAUCGACGCCUUUACAAUCUAGUCCAAGUACUCUGGAAACCAAGUCGCAGCAGCAGCACUUUGCUACAUUGACAUCUUUGCUUAAGCAGCAACAGUUUAUUAACUCAGAAUCUAUUGGUCUUCAUCCUGAAACUUUGCCUCUUUCAACGGUAGAAUUAUCCCAACACUUGCAGGGCCUACAAAAUUUGCAGCAUAUGCAAUCCCAAUUAGGUGAUGCAACCACUGCUUCGGGGUUACCUAUUAACCCAGUGGAUAUGAUCAAUCUAAUGCAAUUUCAUCAUUUGAUGUCUCUAAAUUUUAUGAACUUGGCCCCACCAUUGGUGUUUGGGGGAAUCUCGGCUGGCAACAAUGCUACAUCCGCUCAAAACAGUAACAUGACUUCCAGCUCAAAUAGUAUGGGAAUGACAGAGUUACAAAAUCCCAUCCCAUCAAACGCCUUAAUUGGAGACUCAGUUAACAUAAACCCAAUGCCGACGAGAACUCAAACUCAACAAGUUAACUCUCAGCUGGCCAGCAAUCAAAAAAGGGCGCGAACACGUAUAACAGAUGAUCAGUUAAAGAUAUUACGAGCACAUUUCGAUAUAAACAAUUCGCCGAGCGAGGAGAGCAUUGUGGAAAUGUCACAAAAGUCCAAUCUACCAAUGAAGGUUGUCAAACACUGGUUUAGAAAUACUUUAUUUAAAGAACGUCAACGUAACAAAGACUCGCCAUAUAAUUUUAAUAAUCCGCCGUCGACGACUCUAAAUUUGGAGGAAUAUGAACGUACUGGUCAUGCUAAAGUUACGAACCUUAGCGAUAUUGGGACACCUACAUUAAUUACAAAGACACUUACGAUGUCUUCAGCAUUUACUGAACACAAUACUGCAAACACAAAUGAAAAAAAUGCUUCGUCAGAAAAUUCUAGUAACAUACCUACAUCAUUACCCGUGCUUUUAACAGAGAAUUUAACACCAUUAUCCCGCCCAGGAUCGGCAAACUCAAGUGGGAACAUAUCCGAUUUUUUAAGUAAUAAUUUGAUAUUAGGACAACAGGGAGGUAAAGUCCAAGAAUUGCUAUGCCCUGAAGAAACUCAAAUAAAACCAGAGCAACAAGAUUGCGGGAUCAACUCGGUUGAAUUCACGUUUAAUAAUAAACAGCAAAAACAAAACCUGGUCAAACAACAACUUCAAAUUGAUCAUUCAGAUAAGUCUACACCAAAUUCAGAAAUGGAUUCACAUACCAGCCAUAGUUUACAGCAGACAUUUGAAACAAAAUCAGAAAGCGGAAGUUCCGAUGUAAUUUCACGCCCGCCUACUCCUAAUAGUGUAGCUGCAGGCAAUAUAUAUGGAAACGUAAACGACCUAAUGAAUCAACAUUUAGAUAACUUGGGCAGCAAUAUGGGACCACCCAAAAAACUGCAGAUUGCGGGAAAAACAUUUGAAAAAAUGUCGACGCCCGUUUUGCCUUCCACUUCAUGCCAACAGUAUGACAAUAGCCCAAGCUCAUCUUCGUCGUCUUCAGGUGGUAAAAGAGCGAAUCGAACACGUUUCACAGAUUAUCAAAUAAAAGUUUUGCAAGAAUUUUUUGAAAACAAUUCAUAUCCAAAAGACAGUGACCUUGAAUACUUAAGCAAACUUUUGUUGUUGUCUCCUCGGGUUAUAGUCGUUUGGUUUCAAAAUGCACGCCAGAAGCAACGAAAAAUUUAUGAAAAUCAACCAAACAAUUCAUUGUUUGACAACGAGGAGUCCAAGAAGCAGAAUAUAAAUUAUGCUUGCAAAAAGUGUAGCUUAGUAUUUCAACGAUACUAUGAGCUAAUACGUCAUCAGAAGAACCAUUGUUUUAAAGAAGAGAACAAUAAAAAGUCAGCUAAAGCACAAAUCGCUGCCGCUCAAAUUGCUCAAAAUUUAAGCUCAGAAGACUCAAACUCGUCCUUGGACGUUCACCACGUAGGUAUUUUUCAGUCAGGAUCAACAGCUAUCCAGCAACCCGCUACCACCGGUACGUCCACGAUUGGAACGCAGUCAUUUAGUGCAUCGCCUUCCCCACAAAAUGUGUUUGCUAAGUCUACUUCGCUUACUGAUUUUAGCCCUUCUACAACUCCCACACCCCCUCAACGGGAGCGUAGCAAUAGUUUAGACCACACAAACAGGUCUGCAAAAUAUGAAUGUGAGAAAUGUGAAUCGCAGUUUAACCACUUAGAGCAACUAAGAGAGCAUCAAUUAAUGCAUCUUAUGAACCCAGCAACACUAUUCGCCUCUACAGUUCAUAGUUCGAGCAUUGAAUCACAAUUUGGUCAAUUUGGCAGUAUACUGCAAAGUUUACACCACGCAGCGGCAAAAAAUCAAACACAACCUGAAUCUCCCCCAACAAAAAGGCGAAAAUACUCUGAUAGCUCAUCAAAUGCCGAAGAUAAUUCUUUAAUUAACGAACGUGAAGACCGGAAUAAAAAGUUUGAAUUUCUUCAUAAAUAUUUUAUGCAGCAUGAAUCAAAUUCAGAACUUAAACAGCAAUUUUUAACACAAUCGCAACAUCCAAGUCAUCUUCAGCCACAAGAACAAGGACAUGAGCUCGACUUACAAUUGGAAUUUCUUACUAACUUCUAUCAAAAAAUGGAAUUAAAGAAAGUUAGCAAUUAUGAUUUUUUGCUAGAGUACUACCGAAAGCAGGAAGAAUCAAAUUUAAAAAUGAAGCCAAAACAGCAGGAACAUUCUUUUAGUUCGAGCCAAAAACCCUCUAUUGAGUUUUUACUUCAAUAUUAUAAAUUAAAUGAAUCAAAAAAGUUUUUUCACUUAGUUGCCUCGCCACGAGCAAUUUCGGAGGGCGUAGGUAGUACACAAUCAAUGCAGAUACCUAAAUUAACUACUGAUGAGCCUUUAACCGUUAUCAGUAACUUUAUUUUGGAGCAAGAAUCUGUAGAAGACCAACAGCUUACAGAGAAAUCGUUCAAAAAGAACACAUAUAUGAUGAAGGACAAAGACGAAACUAAUAAUAUUUUUUUAACCACAUCAGAUCUAAAUGAUGGAAUCAAAAACGUACUCAUUGGAAAUACAGAAAAUGUUACCUUGAAAGAACCGAGUAAUGAAGGCAAUAACAAUAUCCAGAGCAACACCCAAUAUUUAAAUAAUCUUGAAGAAUUUUUGGAUGCAACAAUGAUAGAGAACCAUUCUCAGACCUUAACGUUUCUGGAAAAUGAGGAUGAAAGUAAAAAGGAUGAAACGAGUAUAUCUGUUGCACCGAAAACUAACGAAAUGGAAAAACAGUCUUCUGAUUCCCCUAUCAAUGUCUCAUCAAAACAAAACAAACGCCUUCGGACUACCAUUCUUCCAGAACAAUUAAAUUUCUUAUACGAAUGUUAUCAAUCCGAAUCAAACCCAAGCCGGAAAAUGCUUGAAGAGAUAUCUAAAAAAGUAAAUCUUAAGAAACGUGUUGUACAAGUCUGGUUUCAAAACUCUCGAGCCAAAGAUAAAAAAACCCGUAAUCAGCGCCAUUACGCACAUAUAUCAGAUGACAAUAGUUAUGAUGGUUCAAGUGGCAAGGAAGUAGCCAACGACCUCAAAAGUAACUACGCUUCUAAGAAACUGGAUUCUGAUAGAAAUUUGCAAGACUGUGAGUUGUGCCAAGUCACCCAAGUCAACAUUCAAAAACACGCUUUUAGUGAUGAACAUAUUUGCAAGAUGAAAAAGCUUUUUAAACAAACCACCGAGCUUUACUCCAACAGCAAUGGCAGCGGCAGCGAUGACAAUGACUCAGAUAGAGAAAAACGCUUUUACAAUUUAUCAAAGGCUUUUCUGUUACAGCAUGUUGUUUCAAAUGCAACAAGCAUUGCUUCGACUCAUAUAUCAGGAACCGGGGCAGAUACAAAGAGGCUGCAUGAAGACAACAUCAUGUUAAAUUGUGACACUACUACCUGCAAUAAAGGCUCCACAGUCCAAGUUGAGUCUGAAAACGAAAAAAACGUAGCUGGUAACCAGGAUCUUAUUCAACAACUAUUCAACCGAAAUCAUAUCACCGUUAUAGGUGGAAAGUGAAAUGGAUUGUGAGUUUCGCAACAAACAAUGGACUAAUACACAGGACUCAAAAACGCAUUCGAAAAUGAAAUAAGGAAAAUAAACACAUAUAUAUGUGCAUAAAAGAUGAGCAUAUAUAGCCGUAUAUAUUAAUACGAAAACUUGAUAGUUCCUAUUUUAUCGAAAUAUUACAAAAUCAUAGGCAUUCCACGAUACCAUACGUAUAUAAAGAUAUUUCUAAAAUAAAUCUUACGAAUACCUAACAUAACACUAGUAAGAAACUCUAAAUUAUACGGAAGUGUUCCUAUUUAUUUUAAAUGUAACGUAGAAAUAAAAAUAAUAUGUACACAAUUGUGGUCAUCUUUGCGAAUUACAAAUGAAAAAACAUAAAUCAUGUCGCAAUGUCAAAAAAAAAAUAAAAUUAAGUAAUAAAAGUAUUAGGUUUAAUGAAACGCAAACUAAGUUCCUAGCAUUUGAUUGCUUUAUGCCUUUGUUUUAUUUUUAAGAGUACAAUGAAUAAAUGAAGAUACUAAGAUCUGUUUCGGCUUGCCGAAUGUCCUGUUCUUCAAAACAUAUUUUAAAGGCACUUAUUACCCCACCAUAAAAUCUUAAGAAACUUCAAUUCAGUUUUAAAAAUAUGUGAACUAAGAAAAAUUUUUGAUCAUCUAUCAUCAUUGAUGAGAAAAAAAACGUGCCAAUGAUUUAUUUUGCGUAAAAUAAAAAAAAGGAUAUUUAAUUCUUUUAAAUUCGUAUCUUAAUUAGUUUAAUAAUUAAUAUGUUUCAAUUUCCAACAAUGAGAAGAAUUUUGUAACACAGCAAAGAGUAAUUUAAAAUGUUUUAUUUCGUUAAAUCUAUCUAUCGUUUUCUUGUUAAAUGUUUGUUACAAUCUAUCACCCAUCUUUUGAUCUUAUAUUAUAUAUUCAUUAGCUUUGUGGAUGAUCUACUACAAAAUUUACACUUUACUUUUUUUUUUUUAAAUAUAUUAUUCUUUCUACGUUAAAUUAAUAAGUUUUUCACUAAGAAGCUUAUAUGAUUGUGAACUUUUAAGCUUAUUAUAGUACCGUUAUCUUUAUUCGAAAUAAUGAUUAAUUUCGUAAAAUGGAAUAAAAAUUUUCAACGAUAUUGCAUUAGACUGAUUUUUUAACAACAUUUGUAUAACACAAUAUUCGUGUAAACACAUUUAGUUCCCAUAAAAAAUGUUUACAAACUAACUUAAAAUAAAGUGUUGAGAUACAUUAAAAACUACUAUGAUGUUCCUAUAGUGUUAAAUAAGAAAAGUGGUAUAUAUAUUAAUCAUAUUCUUAAAUGUUGGAGGCUUUUUUUUUUUAAAUCAAAAUUGUGGAAGCGUUUUUGUUAACAUAAUAAAUCAUUUUUCAAUUAUCACUGUAACGAUCUUCCACAGACUUUUUUUAAUUUAAAAAAUUUUAAAAUUUCAUUUCAUUUUAAGAGAAAUACAAGCUUUCCAAGCGGUAUCGAUUUUAGUUUCUUAUAUUGAAAUUUAAGGAAUGUUUAAAAAAUUAUUAGCUUACGCACACAAAAUAUUAGUUAAAAAAUUGAAAACAUGCAUACUUAUACACAGAAAACCAAGACCUCGCAUAGUAAUUGGUGGACUUGUUUCAUUGCUCAGUUCAUAGAAUCACAUAUGUAUGAGUAUAUAACAUAUCAGGGUAUAAGGUAAAUAUACAAAAAUACUUAUAUUUUGGUCUGUAAUUAAAAUUGAUAAUUUAAAAGUAUAUCGAUUUUUUGAACCUUUCAUAAGUAAAGUCUCAUUGGGAUUCUUAUAGGCGUUAAUGCCCAACUAUUUCAUAUUGCAAUCCUAAUUUCUUAUAUUCUUAGUAUAUAAAUCUUCAUGAAUACUUCUCCAUACGUUUGUAUAGUUACUCAUCCAAUGAAUACAGUGCAGUUCAUGAAAAAAAAAAUCAUUUAAACAUAAUUGUAAAGUAAAAUGAUGUAAUACUGGAGGAGUUACUGAAAAUAUUAAAAAAUGAAAAAGAUAUACAUAAAUACAUAACUAUAAAGUUCCUAUAUAUUUACUAAUUGGCGAAAAAUGUGCAUAUAUUAUAAAAUUAUAACUCAAUAAAGAUAUAUAAAAACAUG